CAACAAGGCCGCAGUAAUCGGUUUGGAGAAGUUAAAGCUGGUACGACAGAUUAUUGUUAAAUUCUGUGAACUUUGACGGUAUUAAAUGUCGAACAGAAAGUGAUGUUUUGUGCCAAAAUGUACAAGUACGUCAAGUACAACACCACAAAAAAAAUUUGUGAGUAUUCCAAAAGCUGUCGCACAACGUAAAAAGUGGUUUGACGCAGUUCGACGGGAUUUAAAAUCAGUUUCUUCCACGUCGAUCAUGUACUGCUGCGAAGAUAUUUUGACCUGGAAAAAGAUAUGGAAAACUAUCUACAAUACAAGAUGAGUACCGUUCGAGCCCGUAUGAAUCCUGAUAUUGCACCUCAUAAAUUUGCAUGUCAACUGGGUAGACAAUUAAGCUCUACGAAACGAGUGUUCAGCGAAAAAAGGGCAAGGCAGAAAGACAUCGCCAAAUAUUUUCAGGAGCGCAGUUGCGUGAAAAUUAGUCAACUAGAAGUGAUUCGAUCCUAUCGAUAUCCAUUGAAGGCCAUGUGUGAUGCAGAGGAUAACAUACUUUGUAUAUACAUAUGGUAUGUGAUGUUCACCUAUACACAGAUACAAUUUGUUCCGAUAUAAUUCCG